UUAGCACACACGGUAUCCGAGACGACUGCCCAAAACAAAGUGUUCGUUUACGAACCGCAUCUUGUGGCUAAUAUCGCUGAGCUAAUUCAUCCAGAAAAGGAGAUGCCAAAUACGAUGCAAGUGUAUGCGCUUUGUGCGCUGGAUGGUGUCGCACGGCACCGUGGGAAACUUUCAGAAGUCCUCACUGCGCUAAACGCUUCGGCAAACCAUGGUGUACUGUUACAAAUAUUGCGCAAAAUCAGUCAAGACUCGACAAAUGUCCAUCCACGAAGCUUCCUCGACGCUUUGUUUACGUUAAUGUCAUGUCUUUUGACAAAUCAACCUGGUGGACAAAUGCUUAUUUCGGCAGGAAUUAUACCAAUUCUUGUACAGAUCCUGGGAAAUCAGCAAUGUAUUUAUACUAAGUUUGUUUCAAAGGUGGUGGGCCUUUUGGAUGCAAUAGUGAAUGCAUAUACGACUUCUUUCUCGGCUUUCUGUAAUGCCGGAGGAUUGGACACCUUAUUGGCCAGAAUCAAGGUAAGUAAGGAGAAGGACGUUACCGGCCAAGCAACCAUCCAUGUCGCACCCGGAGCUCUCGCGCCUUAUGAUCGGAUUUCAGCACUCAAGUCGAUGCUCAAAUUCCUAUUACGAAUGAUGGAAUCUUCAGGCACAGCCGAUGGUCUUCGGAAUCUGAUCGAGUCUUCGGUACCACAGACUUUAAUACAAAUCAUCGCUCACCCAGACAUUUUUGGCGUGAGCGUGUUGACACUUGCAAUCAAUAUCAUGACGACAUUUAUCCACACGGAGCCGACAUCAUUACCAAUCUUACAAGAAGUCAAACUGCCUCAGACGUUUUUGGAGACCAUUUGCAAAUACAACACUCCCAACAGCGAAAUGCUUAUGGCAUCGGUCAACGCAUUCGGUGCUAUCUGCUUGAACCCACCGGGCCUCGAAAUGUUCAACAAGGCAAAGCCUUUGCCGCACUUUUUCGACUUGUUGACCGAGCACGAGUUUCUUCGCAACCCUACAGAGGUAGACAAUGCAACGGCAUUGGGUAGUACCAUGGACGAGCUGACGCGACAUCAUCCUUCCCUAAGACCUGCAGUGUUUGAAUGUGUGGCACGCAUGAUCCGAAAGGUGGUCGAGAUGGGCAAGAGUGAUAUUGGCAAGCCAAACGACGACACUCAUUUGUUGAAAUUGAUGCCUGCUGAUACGAAUGCUGUUACGUCUACUUUAACUUCAGACGAUAGCAAAAAGGACGAAAAGCCAGAAUGUUUAUUGGUGUCAUUUAUCGAUAUGGUUGCACGGUUCUUGGAGGGUCUUUUCCAAAAUGCAGCCAAUAUCCGAGAUUUCGUUCAGGACGGAUGUCCAGAGAUCCUCUUGGAUUACUACACACUUCCACUGCUGCCUGCGGAUUUCUCAGUGACAAUCGCCUCCGACUCGCUUGCAUACAUCUUCAAGAUGAUUAGCGAGACCAGCACACUUCCAACCAUCUUGGCGAUCGCAGAGAAAGCCAAGCACUCCAUCAAGCUCAUAACCGAGGAUAAAGACUUACGGCGACGGAGCAUGGUCCAGCCCUACAUUGAAGUGAAAGAAAAUGAAACUGAAAAGAUCCAAAAGGGUAAUGAGAUUUUCAGACAAUUGAUCAUCCUGCAUGGCUAUAUUGGCCUUUUAUCCAACAUUUGCUGCUCCGCUGGUUUAUCGCCCGGAAAGAAUGCCAGCUCACUCGUUGCUGAGUUCAUGGCUGAAAACGAAGACAACAACAUUAUCCUCCUGCUAGGUCAAUUGCAUCGAAUCAUGAUGUGGGAGAACUUUUUGCUCAAAGAUUCCAUGCCAAGCUCGUGGUAUGCUUUCAAGAUGGCCAAGAAGAACAAGAAUACUGUGGCAGACCAUCCACUGGGUAUAUUUGGCGUAGACGGCGCUCAGGAUGACGCACUGCAGUCCUCUUCGCAAGAAGAAGCACCAUCUUCGUCCUCUCCUUCGGCACCGAACAAAGAAGGCGCAUCAGGUGAACAGAAGGACAAGGCCGAAGAAAAGGUUCCAGAUGCAAAUGACCCGCGAAUGCAAAACAUCAAGCACUUUAAACUACUUCUUGGUGACAUCCCCCAGUUCCUCAUGCCCGUUUUUCAAGGACUUGUCAAAGCGUCAACGAGUCGUCGUGCUAAUGUGGAUGCCGCUCAAAAGGCUCAAACAUUCAAGCUAGCAAACUGCAUGUCGCAGCUUUUGAAAGAAAACCUUACAUGGUCAUGUGCAACUAUGAACGAUGCUCCACCGUGCAAAUACGACUAUCUUGCCACAAUGUAUACGAUGGUCUCAUUACUAUUGAUGGAUGAUCGCCCGCAACCGUCAUUGCAUACACCCAUGGCGCUAACGUUUGAUCGACAAGGAGGUACUGAUUUACUGUUGCAGAGCCUGGACGAAAAUUGGAAGGCGGCGUCUGCCAUCCAUACUGCUGCACCGAUCAAAGAAUCUCGGUCCAAAGAACAAAUGGAUUUAUUGUCUCGUAUUCAAGGCAGUCUCGAGAUGUUAUUGACUGUGUUGGUAUACACUGGCUCACCCAAACUCUUACACGACUCACCGUACACAGUACCGAUCGUGGUUAAAGAACGUAAAUCCCCUGAUUACUUUGAUCCGUAUGAAUGGAGCAUUUCUAUGCAGCUCAAGCUCUCGUCUGUCAAACAAUAUUUGCAUGCUCCUGAUUUGAGCGAGUAUUCGCAAACUGUCAUCCAUGUACUGCUCGAUAUUAUUUUGGAAAUUAUCAAGGGUGAAGGUGAGUCGAGCCUUAAGACCGAUUCGUAUAACGCAAUGUCUUCAACAACAGCUCCUAUCACGUCGCCGUUUACACUGUUGCGUACGCCUGUUGUUGCAGACGAGCGUGGUGUGCAAAGACUUGUGGACAUGGGCUUUCUUCGAUCUGCUGCCGAGCAUGCUAUGGUUCGAUGCAAUAACCAGAUCUCGCGCGCCGUCGACUAUUUGUUCAGCCACCCUGCUCAGAUGAUGGGUUCAAAUGCGGCUACUGCUGGUACCGACGAUGCAAACAACAGUGGUGAUAACACUGCAACUCGCUCUUCAGAUGCUCAAGAUCAACAACAACAACAACAAUAUCCGACCAAUAACGACGACAUUGAAGAAGACAGCGACCUUGAAGAUGCCGACGAAGAUUACGAAAGUGCUGCUGCUGUUGAUGAUAAUAACGGCAACAAUGACAAGGGUAAACAACGAGCGGAACCAGCGUCUGACGAGGUGAAGGAACUCCAAAAGAUUCGGUCGAGUAUGAAAACAGAAAUUCCUCCAUUGGUGUUGGACCUUGUUGAUAAACGCGAAGAUGUCAUCUUUGAUGUCCGAGACUUAUUGGUCACUUUCUGCAAGAAUGGCAAGUCCAAGAACGGCGACAAUCAGCAGCAGCAAGACGAGAACAAGGUUGCUGAAGAGAUUCUGACUUUGUUGAUCCAGAAGAUCGAUGAUGCACGACGAAAGAUGAACGAAUCAAACGUUCUCAGCACUCGCUUGCGUUUGUUGGCUUUGCUUUUCCGUGAACAGUCGAUGCAAUCUAGUAUCCCCGAAUGCGCCCCACGGUUAUCGUUCCUGUUUGAUAUGGUGAACAAGGCCAGUGAAACAUCGGUCGAGAUGCCAUUGCCUGCUUGGCUCACAACUGUCUUCUUAGUCAUCGAAACAUUUAUUUCACAAGCUGAUGAGCCCAAGGACGUCAAGCUCAAGCCUAUGCCAAAACCGACUGAUGAAAACGAUAAUGCCAACGAAAAUGUUCACGAUGAGGAUGAAACGAUGGGAGAAGCCACCGAAGGGCCUGUUUCAAGCUCAACAACAACAGCAACUGCACCUGUCGAUCCCAAGCCUAUGGAAUCCGAACCUGAACCUGUGGUGUCUGCCGACCAACGAACACAACUGUUAUCCAACUGUGUUUCGUUCCUAAAAAAGACACAACUCUCGCGUAACGACAUAUAUGCCAUUCUUCGCAUUUUGGUACGCCUGACAAAGUACAACGAAGCAGCAUUGCAAUUUGUCGAGUUUGGUGGCUUGCCGUUGUUGUUCACCAAGCCGCGUCACAGUCUCGAGGGUCUUCAAGGACAGCAAGCCUUCAUUAUGCUUAUUUUGCGUCACAUUAUUGAGAGCAAGCCCAUCGUAGAACAGAGCAUGGAAGAACUGAUCACUACUUGGUUUACGAUUCCACGACCACGCAACAUGGAUAUCAACCAGCUCGUCCGUACCAACGGCCACGUCGCUUUGCGUGACCCAGACGCAUUCCUUGAAGUGACCGGCAAGAUUUGCCGAUUGUCCCGGUUUGAACCCGCUGUACCGACAUUCCACGUCAAGAAUUUCCAGCACCAGCAGCAACCGCAACAGCAGCAACGUCAACGCUCUUCAAGCUCGUCCGUUGUUGUUAACCACUUGCUGCAAGAAUUGAUUCAAAUUCGAUCUGAAGAGGCGAAUGCACCAGAGAAGAAGACGACCGAGGCUGAAAAGAAAGCGGAAAAUAUUCGGGGUGGGUACACAGCCUUUAUUUUGCAGUGUCUUGUGGAACUUAUCUCGUCGUACAAGUCAUGCAAAUACGACGUUUAUGCAUUCGGUCGCCGACGCAACAGCAAGGACGGUAAUAACAACAACAGCAGCAAUCGUCCACGCCAUGCCAUUCUGCAUAUUCUCGUCAACGAGCUGUUGCCCUACAACGCUACUAAUCCAACCGCCGAAGAAUCGCGCAAACAGCAAGGCAUGGCCAUGUGGACAGCAUCUGUCCUAGUCGCCAUGUGCUAUGAUGGUGGUGCAGAAACAUCGGACUUGACGCAAGUCCGCAAAUUUGUGUUGGACGGUGUCAUUCGUUCGCUCAAGGACGCGCUCACUUACACGGGUCCAUUGGUACUCAAGUAUGGCAAGUUUCUGGCACUGUCUGAACUCUGCCAUCGUGUUUUGAACGCACGUUUUCACGCAGUGGGUGCACCAAGCCAACGGACUCAAGUCGAUACUGUCACUAGCAUUGCCAAGCUUAUGCUCGAUAGAAACUUUGUUGGCGCCCUUACCGCUGCCGUCAGCGAGGUUGAUAUCAACUAUCCGCAUGCAAAGAUUGUUCUAAACUCGGUUCUCCGUCCUUUGGAACAACUUACCAAGAUGGCCAUUAAGAUAUCGGACGAAGCAAAGGAGGAUGGCAAGAAACGCGAAGAGAUGUCCUAUGUACCAGCGAACACUGGUGCUGAGGGUGAAGAAGAAAUGCCGGAUCUGUAUCGCACCUCCGCUCUUGGCAUGUUUGAUGGUAGUGUAAUGGAAGAGGAUGAAAUGGACGAAUUCGGCUCCGAAGAAGAAGAUGAAGAAACAUUCGAUGAAGACGAGUUCGAUGAAGAAACAGAUAGCGACAUCUCAGACAUGAGCGAAGAUGGCGAAGAAGGAGACGAUGUGGAUAGUGCACUGAUGCAUCAUUAUGAUACUGACAUGGAAGAAGAUCACGACGACACGCAUGACACGGACGGAGAUUCAGAUAUUGGCGAUUCGGACGAUUCUGAUGGAAUGGACGAAGAAGGCCGGGAAAUGACAUGGCGUCUGGAAGAUAUUGAGGAUGACCCCGAUGUCAUUCAUAUGGAUUCCGAUGACGUUGAAUCGAACCACGCACAUGAUAUGCGUCACCGCCACUUAAAUGAUGGAUUCGGUGAUGAGGGCAGAGACGAUGAACUCGAUACUUUGGAUCAAUCCGACUUUGACGAAGACGACGAAUCACAGCGUAUUGAGGAUGCAGAGAAUGAUCUGAACGAUGGCGUGCUCCUAGACGACGAGGAUGUUGAAAAUCCAUUCUUGACCCAAGAUCUUCCAACAGACGGCAUCAUUCUCGAAGAUGAUGGGCGACCGGGCUCCAUGGCACCCUUUAACUUCCGACGCUUCGAGCGCCCAUCGAACCGUGGUAGACUUAUUGUCGAACCUGCUAUAGGCCGAUCGUUCCGUGCACCUGGUGCCAUGGGCGGUAAUGUUGCCGCCGCCGUUGGUCAAGAUGAUGUCAUAACUCACCCACUCUUGACCGAAAGCCAGAAUGCCGGCCCGAGCACCCAGCCUGGACGCUCGCUCGCCAACAUUGAUGCUGAUAACCGGCCUAGAUCUGGCGGCUUCAGCCAAUGGCAAGCAUUUGAAGAUAUCCUUGGUGGCAGUGCCAUCCGACUACUCGAAAGCUUCUUGACUCAAGCACCUAGCGGUGGCCAAUCGGGCGCUCUGCGCGUCGAUGUCCAGGGCCGUACUGGAGGCAUUAUGCGAACAUUCGAGUUUGACCAUCCUAUGCAUGCUCCACGACCGCUUCCAUCCACGUCUCAUCAUCCUGCUCCCGGCGAGUCCCAUAGUCCUGACCAAAGCCGUGAAAUGCUGGCGGUCUUGCAAGAUUUCCAACCAAUGUCUUCAUCAGAUCGAUGGCAACAAGAAGCUCGAAUGAUGUAUGGCGCGGCUGUUGCAGACAAGGCAUCAAAGCUUAUUUAUCCGCUCGUAAACAGGCUGCUUCCCAUUGCUGUUGAAGAUGACAGGAAGGCGCGCAUCGAAGAAGAAAAGAAACGUCAAGAACAACGUCGUCUUGAAGAAGAAAAGCGCAAACAGGCCGAAGAAGAGCGAUGGCGUCGUGAAAAAGAAGAGCAGGAAAAGAAAGCUGAGGAGGAGAAGCGACAACGUGAGGAAGCCGCCGCCGCCGCCGCAGCUGCUGCUGCUGCUGCUGCUGCUGCUGAAAGCACUGCACAACAACAAGAAGCACCAGCAACAUCUUCCAGCACGGAACGACAGACGAUCACCAUUAGCGGCCAAGAAGUCGAUAUUUCUGGCACUGGUAUUGAUAUUGAAUUCUUGGAAGCCUUACCAGACGAUCUGCGCGAAGAAGUUGUAAACCAACAUAUGCGCGAACGUCGCUCUUCGACCCAAGCGCCCGAAACCGAUUCGAUCAGCUCUGAGUUCUUGGAUGCUUUACCACCGGAUAUCCGUGAAGAAGUGCUUAACCAAGAAGCCAUCGAGCGUGAACGACGCGACAGACAGCAGCGCCAGGAGCCUACGGCAGAGGGUGCAGGUAACACCAAUAAUUUGACCAAUCGUCUUGAUGCAGCUGUCAAUGAACUUUUCCCGCCAGCCGUUCACCGAGGACUGCAGGCGCAGGAUGGAAUUGGUGGAGGCAGCGGCAGUGGCCAGCGCAAACCAGGUGUUCACCGUAGUGCCAUGCAACUUGUCGACCGAUCACAGCUUGCCACACUGGCACGUUUACUGUUUGUACCGCAAUCCAUUUCCAAAUCAGUUUUGAGUAAGUUGUUGAUCAACUUGUGUGAAAAUCACAAGACCCGCAGCGAUUUGUUGUCGUUCCUUGUCUGUGUCCUGCACGACGGUAGUGGGGAUCUCGCAGCUGUCGAUCGAAGCUUUGCCCAACUGUCGCUCCAGUCCAAGGGUAUUUACAAGCCAGUAUCCAAGUCCAGGGUGGCGGCUACAACAUCAGCCAAUACUGAGACCGUUCCUAACCUGAUCACUCAGCGGUGCCUGGAAUUCUUGAUGCAAGUUGUCCAGUCCAACGACCAGUCUCUCACCUACUUUUUGGUGGAGAAUGAUUGUCUUGCUGGUUUGAAGCGCACAAGCAGCCGCAAGGGUAAAGCCAAAGAAAAGGUGACUCCGUCAAGCAAAUACCCGCUGUUGGUUCUGAUGAGUUUACUCGAUCGACCUGUGUUCAUUGAAAACCCGAGCUUGAUGGAAGAGUUGAUGCAUUUGAUUAUCACCAUUUGCCGACCGUUCCCCGUGCUUGUCAAGAAGUACAGCACCAAAGCAACGACGGAUGAAGCAAAGUCUAGCAAGGGCACAGGUUCCAAGGACGAGCGACCCAUGCCAAAGCCGCCAACAAUUCCAGACCACUACCUCAAGCUUGUGGUGCACGUACUCACGUCGGGUGAAUGCUCAAGCAAGACUUUCCAGUACACUCUGAGCGCACUUGCCCACUUGUCUGCCCUCGACGGUGCUCAGCAGGCAAUCACGAACGAGCUUAUGCAGAACGCAAAGGAAUCAGGAAAGCAGAUCGUACACGAUCUUGGCGAUUUGCUGGAUAAUCUGGACAACGCCAUGGUUGGCACAGAUAUCCAAGGCUCCGCUCUGUCUCAGUUCUCGGCAGCCACUUCCCAUCAAGCCAAGCUUUUGCGUGUGCUCAAGACCAUCGAUUAUUUAUACUCUCGCAAGUCAUCGGCAGCAAAGAAGGACGACGAACAGCAACAGGUCAAGAACGAGAAGCGUGUGCUGGAAAUCUACGAGGACCUCAACUUUUUGCCAUUGUGGAAGCUACUUGGACAGUGCUUGGCCGUGAUUCACGAGAAGGACGACCUUAUCAAUGUCGCAACCGUUUUGCUCCCACUUAUCGAGUCGUUCAUGGUUGUAUCCAAGUACGCAGCUGAAAAGGGUCAACAACAGCCGUCAUCAUUGCCACGUAGCGGACCUGCUGGUCCUUCUGAAGACUUCUUCUUUUCUUUCACCGAAGAGCACAAGAAGAUCCUCAACAUCAUGGUCCGCAACAACCCAUCCCUGAUGAUUGGCUCCUUCUCUCUUCUUGUCCGCAACCCCAAGAUGCUCGAGUUUGACAAUAAGCGUAAUUACUUUGUGCAGCAGCUUCACAAGCGCACAGGUCCGCGUGAACAUUACCAGCCAUUGCAAAUGAACGUGCGCCGUCAGUAUGUGUUCGAAGACUCGUAUCAUCAGCUCCUUGGUCGAACCGGUGACGAGAUCAAGUUUGGCAAGCUCAGCGUAAGAUUCUAUGAUGAAGAAGGUGUUGAUGCUGGCGGCGUUGCUCGCGAAUGGUUCUCCGUAUUGGCCCGCCAAAUGUUCGAUCCCAACUAUGCUCUGUUCAUCACGUCAGCGGCGGACAAGCUUACAUAUCAGCCGAACCGUGCCUCAGCAGUUAACCCUGAUCAUUUGAGCUAUCUCAAAUUUGUUGGUCGAGUCAUUGGCAAGGCUAUCUACGAUGGACGACUCUUGGACGCUUACUUUACGCGUUCGUUCUACAAACACAUUCUUUGCCGCCAAGUCGAUUAUCGAGACGUUGAAGCUGUGGAUCCCGAGUAUUACAAGAGUUUAGUGUGGAUGCUCGAUAAUGACAUUACGGAUAUUAUUGACUUGACGUUCAGCAUCGAGACGGACGACUUUGGCACUACCAAGGAGAUUGAUUUGAAGCCCGGUGGACGAGACAUUCCUGUGACCGAGGAGAACAAGCAUGAGUACGUCGCUCUGGUGACAGAACAAAAAUUGACGACUGCCAUCAAGGAACAGAUCAAUGCGUUCUUGCAAGGCUUCCACGACGUGAUCCCUGCAUCGCUUAUCCAGAUUUUCAACGAACAAGAGCUGGAAUUGUUGAUUUCGGGUCUGCCAGAUAUUGAUAUUGAUGACUGGAAGAACAACACAGAGUACCAAGGCGGUUAUACAGCUGCGACUCCUCAAGUACAAUGGUUCUGGCGUGCUGUUAGAAGCUUUGAUCAGGAAGAACGGGCCAAGUUGCUACAGUUUGCUACGGGCACGUCUAAGGUGCCAUUAGAAGGCUUUGCCCAUUUGCAGGGCUCAGGAGGUGUUCAACGCUUCCAAAUCCACAAGGACUUUGGUGGUGAAAACCGGUUACCGUCUGCACACACAUGUUUCAAUCAAGUCGAUCUUCCAGAGUAUGACUCAUAUGAAAGCCUUCGUAGUAAUUUGUUCAAAGCCAUCAGUGAAUGCUCGACUGGAUUUGGAUUUAUAUAG